AUGGAAGGAAGGAAUGAGGCAUUCCAGGGACUCAAACCGAUCUGCAUUGCCCUCAGCCAGUCGACCUUAGCAUUUGCGGGCAACAGCAGGAAUGUCGACAACAUCAUCAAAACUCUGGAAACAUUAUCACGGACACUAGGAGAGGUUACCACACGACCAGCUGCUUUUGACCACAAAUUAGCCGACUAUGUCUUCUUCCCUAUCUCACAGGUCCUCAAAGCGAGCCGGGAUCUUCCAGUUCAGGCUAUGGAAGCAUGUUUGCGGUGUUUGAACAUCCUGAUCUCGAAAGGCUGGACGAAAAACAUGGACUCGAAUUUGAGUGGUCAGCUUCUGAUCUUUUUGACACUCACUUGCGAUACAUCUGGAAAGACGGUGCCGUCAGGGCUUGCUACGGAUGAGCUUCGCUCGGUUGGAUUCCAGUGCAUGCAGGCACUCUUCCAGUCCUUGAGCAACAGUGCUGCAGGGAAAGCUUCUCUAGUUGGGGCUGCAAAUGUCCCAUCUUUGGGUCAUGCUGUCUCUGUCAUUCUUGAUGGUAUUACCAGCGGAGAGUCUUUUCAGGUCCAACUGGCGGCAGCAGAGGCAUUGAAGUCAUUGGUUGCCUGCAUAGAUGACCGGGAAGUGCUGUCAAGUUUCCUUCCUGGUAUAGUUUCAUCCUGGACCAAGGCUCUCACACCCAAUACAAACGGUCGCCGACAUUGGAGAGUUCUCGUGGCUGGUCUGCAGACAAUUGAAUCACUCCUGCAGACACUCCUCAGCGAUGCAGUAACCGACAAGCUUUCAUCUCCAGUAGAGGGACAAGCACUGCCGAGAGAACAAAAGACCACGAAGCUGGAUGGUAGUUGGGUGAAAGCAACAGCAGCACAGUUGAAAGUUGCGAUAGCGAACAUCAACAGACUGCGUACACACGAACGUCCAGAAGUACAAGAAGCUGUUCUCGAAUUUAACUUGACACUUCUCUCGGAGUGCAGCCACGCACUAGUGGACUCUUGUGCUUUAGCGACAGAAACCGUCUUACCACUCAUCCAAGAAGAUUCAAAUGCUGCGUACAGAGACAGAAUUGCAAGUCUGACUCAGAAUAAUACAACAAUAUCAGAUCUCUUGUCGACAGUGUUCCGUAACGAACAACUCUCGAUGGUGCGAAUUAUGCAGUCGAAUGACGACCAAGCGAAAGAGCGAUCACUCGGCAAGCUUUUUGGAGCAUACACGAUACUGGCUGACACAGAGGUUGACAUGACCAUGAUCUCGAGGAUGCUCGGAAGCGGGUUGAAAGAUAGUGUGACGACUAUCCUUCAACAUUCUGUUGACCGUAAUGCGAAGAUUGCAAGAGUCACGCCCGUCGCCAUAUCUGAUAUGUCGCUGCAGACGAGUCAAAAGUCACUGACCUUCACAUCGCCGCUGGCAGAGUUCAAGUCUCAAGAAACGAUAUUGAGUUACAUCAGUCAGAUGCUGAAGAAACUGAAAGCGACACAUCCGUCUCCAAGGCUUUCUUCAGAUCUCAUGCUGGCCCUGAGAACUUCUGAGAAGACCACUCAAGUCGCGACUUUCUGGUUGAUACUACAAGAUCUGAAGAACACCAACGAUCAAGUCGACGGCUUCAUGAACGAUGUGUUGGUCGGUGAUCUUUACUCUAAGGACCACUCCAUCUCGCUGCGAGAACAAUUAUACUCAUUCUCUCUCGAAGUACUAGAGAACGAUGAAUCCGUUGAUUGGCGACUCCAGAGUUUGGCUCUCGAAGCUGUCGCAUUACAUGCCCAACACCAUGGUGUUGAGUUUCGCGAUGAGCUCGUAGAAGCACUAUAUCCCAUUCUACAUCACCUUGGUGCCGAAUCAGGAUAUGUUCGCGACCACGCAAUGACAUGUCUAAACAUUGUCGCAGAUGCAUGUGGCUAUUCUGACGCAGGCGCACUCAUCGUAUCGAAUGUCGACUAUCUCGUCAAUGCCGUGGCGCUGAAACUCAAUGCUUUUGAUGUGUCACCUCAAGGGCCCCAGGUUUUGCUCAUGAUGGUGCGGUUGGCUGGUCCGUCGUUAUUGCCUUACCUGGAAGAUACACUGGAGAGUAUCUUUGCUGCGUUGGAAGAUUAUCAUGGGUAUACGACUUUGGUGGAGCUUCUGUUCGCUGUCCUGCGGACUAUGGCUGAAGAGGGUGUCAAAGCUCCGAUGCUUUCCAUCGCCAAUGGUGUGGAAUCCACGAAGAAAGACUCGAGAUGGACACCCACUGAUCUCCAACAACUUCUCGAUACCAUCAAAGAUAUUUCUCAAAAACCAAUCGAUACUUUGGAUCCACCAGCCAGCCUCUUCGACCCCGAAGACGAGAACACACCCUCGGACCGACUCGAAGAAACAGAUUCCACGCCACCACCGCCCCCAAAAACCUACACCCUCCUCCUCAAGAUAACUGAACUGACUCAACAUUACCUCUCCUCCUCCUCACCCUCUCUACGCACAUCUCUCUUCUCUCUACUCAACACCACUAUUCCCUUUCUCGCAAAACACGAAAACUCAUUCUUGCCGCUCAUCAACACAUUAUGGCCCGAAGUCACUUCCCGCCUCUUUGACACUGAAGCUUACAUAGUAAGCGGAUCUCUCAACAUCAUUGCUGCAAUGAGUGAGCACGCAGGCACCUUCAUGCGGACCAGGAUUGAGAGUCUGUGGCCCGAGUUGGCGAGAUUGCAUAAGAAGGUGCAGAGAAAUAUACACGCUUCCUCAUCAACAUCAAAAUCAUCCCAACAGCAAACGAAGGCACCAUCCUUACAACUUUCUGCUACGGCAAAAGCCAUGGAAGUGGCUUAUAUCGAUCCCUCCACCAAAACUCUGAUGCAGAGUUUACAGAACUUGCUCGUCACGAUCGUGAAAUUCGUCGAAGUCGAUGCAGAGAAAUUUGACGAUGUGUUGAGGAUGUUGGGACCUGUGAAUGCUUUAUCAGAAGAUGCGAAGGAAAGCUUGCAGAGGUAUAAUGGCGAUGCGGUGUGGUUAGCCGAGUACAGGGAGAAGCCAUGGCCGUUGAAGAUGCCAGAGAGUGCGAGGUUUGUGUUUGCAAGAGCCUAG